UCUCUCCCACUCUUACUAUUACUACCAACAUUCUCUUCGUUCCCACUCCUGAAUUGAAUCAGAGAGCAUUUGAAUCAUAUUAGCUAAGAUGAACCUCAACACGAGCAGUAACUUGGAGACUCGGUCUCUUCUUGAUGAGCUCUGUAGCUUCGACAAGAAAGGACUCUUCGAUCUUGGACACCCUCUUCUCAACCGCAUCCUUGAGAGCUUCGUCAAAGCUGCUGGAAUAGGAGCGGUUCAAGCUGUGUCCCGCGAGGCUUUCUUCUCUGCUGUUGAAGGUAACGGGGCAAAUAGCAGCGGUUUGCCUGCAGAAGUUUCAAAUACGAAGAAAAAUCAGUUGCCGGGUCUUAGAGGAGAGACCAGUAACAAAUCUCUUGAGGCCAUGGUGAUGAGCACGGGCAAAGAGUCCUUACAAUGGGGAUUGGCCGCAGGAUUGUAUUCAGGUCUCACUUAUGGGUUGAAGGAAGCUCGUGGAGCUCAUGACUGGAAAAACAGCGCAGUUGCAGGAGCAAUCACAGGGGCGACCCUUGCCCUUACAUUGGAUGAUUCCACCCAUGAACAUAUUGUGCAAUGUGCUAUCACAGGAGCAGCUAUCUCCACUGCUGCUAAUCUUCUCACUGGGAUUUUCUAAAUGGUUGUCUUGUUCGAGUUGGCUUAAGACAGUAGUUACCUUUUCUUUGCUUCUGAACGUGACAGUAAUACAUGUUUAAGAUGAACUUGCAAGUAUUUCCUUUUCAAUUUUAGUUGUCACUUGUGGAUUUCUUGUCAAA